UUUCAUCUCUUUGAUGAUUUUCUAGGAAAGCCUGAGGACCAUAAAAUUUUCAAGAACUGAAUAAAUCUCAUCCAUCUCAAGUAUCCCCUUCUCUUUCUUUGAUAUAUUAUCAAGCGCUCGCUUCUUUCUCUUCUUUUUUACUCACAAGUUACAAGUCUACUGUUAGUUCCUUGAGAGAAACACAAACAGAUGGAGUGUAUAAUGACUAUCUUGCAGAUGUGCUGCAGAUCGUUAACAUUUUCUUCUCCGUCAUCUGCUGCAGCUGCUGCUGCUGAUGAUAAUGAUGAUGACUGUGUUGAAGCGAAUAUCCCCCCUCGUCGGGAGAAGUAUGAUGUGUUUAUCAAUUUCAGAGGCGAGGACACCCGCGAUGGUAUUACCAGCCAUCUUCAUGCUGCCUUACUUCAGAAGAAAAUUGAAACCUACAUAGAUAACAGACUUCAAAAAGGAGAAGAAAUCGGACCUGCCCUUCAAGAGGCAAUCGAGAAAUCCACACUUUCGGUGAUCAUUUUCUCACAAAACUAUGCUUCUUCCACAUGGUGUUUGGAUGAACUCGUGCAUAUACUCGAAUGCAAGAAAAUAUAUGGUCAUAUGGUUAUACCCGUAUUCUACGACAUCAAUCCAUCUGAUGUACGAAAGCAACACGGGAGUUAUGCGGGUGCAUUUGCUCAACUUGAAAAACGUUUCAAGGACAAUAUUGAUAAGGUGCACAAGUGGAGGGAUGCUUUGAAGACCGCAGCCGAUUUGUCUGGGUUUGAUUAUUCAAACAAACGCGGGACAAGGCCACAGGGAGAAUUCUGUACAAAGGGCGUUGCAGUAAUGGACUCUAUCCCAUUCAGUCACUCUCCACUCGUUCUCAUAUACACCAGUCUUCUCAAUCUCCAUCUGUUGUUUAUCUUGGUCAGCUUGUUGGUUCUAGCUUAUGGCAUAAUAGGUCAUGACAUCCAUCCAAUCAUAUAGUUUCAUUACUACUUAAACAAGCUAAUAUCACAUGUAAUAAAGACACAACUUCUGCUGUGUCAAAGUUGUCUCGAGGGAAAAACUACAAAGUAACCAUUUUCUUCUUCCCAUAAUAAGUCUGUCAUACCCUUUGAAAUUGUACACAGUGACCUUUAGGGUCCUGCACCAUGUACUUCGAUUGAUGGCUAUAAAUACUAUGUUACCCUUAUUGAUGAAUGCACUCACUUAUGUUGGUUGUUUCCUUUAUCUCACAAAUCAGACUUUUAUGAUGUGUUUGUUACAUUUUGUGCAUUUGUUUCAACUUCUGUGAAAAUCUUGUAGAGUGAUGGGGGGGGGUGACACUUAUAAUAAGAUUAGAGAAGUUAGUUAUGGUUGCUAGGAUGUGUAGUUGUGAAGAUUCUUGUAUAAAUACCCUUAUGAUGUAAUAGUUUGGAUGCUAAGAAAACAAAUAACAAGAGUUAGUUUCUCUCUC